AAACAAAAAGUAAAAUGACUCAUCGAUUCCACUGAUUUUCUUGUGUAUUUGGAGCAUAAUCAUUACAAUCGUUGGUUGAUCUUUCAUCUCGUAUCCACACAUGAUUUCCUUCUAGGGAUCUCCAUAUACAUUGAAGAUUAUGACAUCUUUUAUGACUUAAGAGUUGAUCUUCUUUGACCAUGACUAUUACUAACACAGUGAAGUAGUUAGAAAUUGUGUUAAUUUGGGUCAUAUAUUUUUAUUUCUGUCCCAAAGCACUGUAUAUGAAAUUAGUUUUUCGGUCAUGUUCGCAUUUGAUUUUACAUAACCUAUGUUUGUAUUGUACCUUUUACCUGUUUAUAUUUAUUCUCACACUAUUCUUACUCAACAAAAUAACUAUGACAGAGAGUUAAAUUUUUUUCCUUCAAGUGCAAGUUCUACUCAUCUCUAUGCUUAUGCUUGUUGCUUGUAUUCUUUUACUUUUUGAUGUUUCUUUAUGCAUAAGUACCAUUUUUUGUGAUUUUAAAUAGUUUAUUCUAUAGAAAAAUUUUUGCUUAAUCAAUUAUACAUGUCCAGAGUUAUGAAAUCCCCAAGAACCCCUAACCCCAAAAGUACUACUAUAAUAUGGAAUGAAGCUGAACUAAGAGCAUUCAUCAAUCAUAUGGUUGAGAAUGUAAGGAAAGGAUUGAAGACCAACUCAACGUUCACAAAGAUUGGAUGGGAGAAUAUUUGUAAAGGAUUGGAGGCUGAAUUCAAGCGACCAUUUGGGAAGGAGCAACUUCGUAAUAAGAUGAAUAAGUUACAGAAGGAGUAUAACAGCUUUAGGCGGUUGUUGGAAACAACUGGAUUCGGAUGGGAUGCAAAUGCUCGGACUGCAACAGCAGAGGAUUCUGUAUGGGAAUCAGCUAUUCAGGGAAACAAAGAUUGGGCAAAGUAUAGAAGAAAUGGUCUUACUUGGUGGCUAGAGUUGUUAGAGAUAUUUUCUGAUAAUCGGCCCAUGGAGAUAGAGGGUUUUCCUAGUCUACUGUUGUUAUUCCUUUGUCUACUAACCUUGCUAAUGAUAAUGAUGAUUUUUAGGAGAUGGAUCUUGAUGACAGUGAUGGUAGUAGCGACACACCCGAAAUAUCUGCUUCUCCCAAGUGGCAACUUGACAAGACUCCUACGGAUCGUAGGAGGAAGAGCCAGACAAGGGCAAUCACGAACUCUACUUAGGACUUCAGAGAUUUUUUGAGGUGGAGGAUGGAUAAGGGAAACUCCUCUGCAACUUUAGCCGUAGUCUGACCUCCUUAUCCUAUGUAUGAUGGGCUACAUAGUAUGAUGAACUGUCAGAAGCUAUUGGAUACUUUGGAUGAUAUUCCAUCAGACUUGUAUGUCUUGGCUCAGAAGAAGAUGCAUAGUGAUCCUGGUUGGCGUUUGUCUUUCAUGGAGGUCCGCCCGGAUAGAAGGUCAUGGAUGAUAAGGCAUCUGAAGGAGUUGCCCUGAAGUGGAGCAGUUGGUUUUGGUGAAUGAUUUUACAUACAGAUGGACUAGUUUUAUGGGGGAUUAUUUUAUGACAGUUUACUACUUACAUACUUUUCUACAUACUCUUUUUGCUAAUGGUUUCUAGUGUUGACACUUGACUUUUGGUGCAUGUUGUUAAUUUGUUUGAUAUUGCAA